CCGGGCGUUAUCGCGAGUUACAUUGCCAUUGCAUUGGUGGCCUCGAGUCUACAUCGAAAUUCAGGGCUGGUAAGUCAUAUCUUAUAAUAUCUUAGAAUACAUUGAUAUCGAAGGAACUAGACUCAGUUCCGAAAUAUCGCCAACUCGAACCGACUUGACCGCGUAGCUCAGUUGGUAGAGCAUUGGACUGGUAUCGCAAAGGUCGCGGGUUCGAUUCCCAUCGUGGUCAGGCAAACGUUUCAUCUUGCCCGGUGCCGAUGCACACUCAGAGUAACAUCACAAACAGCAUAUAAAUAUAUAUUCAAAUUUUAAUUCCCAAGUAAAAAGUUUGGACAAAAUCAAUAAUACUUUGCGAAUUGCGGGUGGUUAUUGAUAUAUUCUAGGUUUUAUAACGAUUAAUGCUAUACGUGUCAGUUAUUUUUCUCGUGGGUAUAGACUGCAGUUUAUAGUGGACACUAGAGAGUUUAAACUUCGCGUUAUACGUCAAACGGCAAAGAAGAAUUUUUACGGUAUCAGGCAAUAACUAUACAGUAAAUGAAUUUCCUGUUUUAAAACUGCAAUUGAUGAUUAUUCUUUCGACACAACUCACAAGAAAGAAAAUACGAAACGAAAAUGUUCGACGAAAAUUUUACCAAGAAAGUUCGAACCUGCCGUUUGCCGUUCCCGGCCGGAAAUGUGACUUAGCUUAAACUCCCUAUUAGCUAGUGUGUUGCUGAUCGUGGGGGCGUACCAAUUGCCGACAAACCGUCAAAUACCGACAACAGCUCCAUAUCGAGUGCGGCCAUUUUCUCUUAGUCGAUGUAUGUAAUGUUUUGGGGAACAGAAUCCUUAAAUUUUACUAAAACAUCACUCAGUAUAAUUUCUCUAGAGUUAUAAAUCUAUACGUACCUCAGUUCGAAAGUGACUAUACUGAAUAAUAGUGCUGUGCAAACUCCGGUUUUUCAUCUCCGGCUCCGGCCGAAUUAUAGCUCUGAGCUCCGGCUCCGGCCACAUCAUAAAAUAUUAAAUAAAUGUUUUACGAUCAGAGAACAUUUGUUAAUAUUAUUAUGAAUAACCCUUUUCGCGCUUCCUAAUUAUCAGAUAACAUAACUCAGGAAACAAAACAGUGAAAACACUUAAUUAACCACGCAGAAAAUAUCUAUAUGGAAACCAGCCUCGAAAAUUUUUUUUGGCAUGACGCGAGGCAUGACGCUAGGCAUGACGCUAACACUCUCAGACUCCACAGCGCAAUUGUUCGCACGCAAACAAAGUACUCUGUCAUUUUCAAAAGGUUGAUAUUUAUUUGUUUUGUACUUUUUCGUUAUCUACAAGGCAUGAAUACACAGACUAUGUAGCGCCAAGUCAGAUGGCUUUAUGAAAGCAUGGCGUUUAUAAUUUGCGAUCGUAUUACAGAUUUUCGACGCUGUUCCUGUGGGCUGUGGCAGUUUGAGUCUAUGAUGAAUUCAUUAACAGCAAUUGGCAGUUUGCAGUAACUAACAAUCGUUUGACAUUUGUCUCAUUUCAAUUGUUUUCUUGUCAUUUUGCCGGAGUUGGGAAAAUGUAACUCCGGCUCCGGGCUCCGGCAUACAAAAUUCUGCUCCGGCUCCGCCGUCGGAAAAACCGCCGGAGCUCCGGCAGAACUCCGGCUGCGGCAACUCCGGCGCACAGCACUAUACAGAAGGCCGACUCAAGUAAACGCUUCCACGCCAUGCUUCAUCAUCAAAAUGCUGACGCCAUGGUCCUAGUCAGUGCGCGUUUGUGAGGCAUUAGGGAGCUUUAGCAGCGACCACGAGUAUACGACUACGAGUACGAGAUUCGUCAAGCGAAACGCAUGCUGUAUGCUUACGCCAUCCCGUACUGACGCGAAAAAGUCGUAGCCGUCGCCCAUCUGAGUACGAAAUUGUGGAGAAACCUCGUAGUCCUCACCACGACUUUUCAAAAAAAAACAAGAAAGUUGGCUUUUUUUUGUUUUUCAAAAAUAAUUUGUUGCGUUCUUCCGGCGCAAAUAAUCUAUUAGUAUUAAAUAUCUUGCUUGUUUUUAAUGUUAUGAUUUAUUUGCACAUUUUGUAAGGGAUUUUGGCCUGCAGGAGAUUUAGUUUAUAUAAACUUUUUCUUUCGUUGUUUGUCUAUUAAUAUAAAAGCAACAUUUGAACGGGGACGAGAACGACCACGGUGAUUUCCUCGCACGCGAUCAAAUCUCGUACUCGUAGUCCUCCUUAUUCCCCUCUGGACGUCCGCCAUUUUGAAUAUUAUCAGGGGGGUGAAUGCCUCUCAAACGCGCACUGGCUGGACCAUGGCGUCAGCAUUUUGCCGAUGACGAAUUACGGUUACGCCAAAAUCAUUGGGAAAUCAUAGGAAAAACCAAGACGUCGGGCUUCUGUAUGACUUAUUCUGUGACGAUAUUUUUUGUACAAAAAUAACAAAACUGCAAAAAAGAAAUGAAACUUGAACACUUUUGACCACAUAACUAUCAAUUUCUAUAAUUAUAUAAAAAAGUAGGUAUGUUAUUUUGCAUUCUGUGGGCUUUAUUUGUAAAUAUUGUAUUGUAUUUCUAUUUUUUUUUUCAUUAAAUUUGUCCUUUUGUAUAGGUAAUAGUAUGGUUUCGAGUGCAAUUUGGAAAAGAAACAUACACGAGUGAAUUUUUCAAAGGCUAUCGAGUCCGAAGGACGAGUGCAAUUUGAAGUCUUUGAAAAAUUCACGAGUGUAUAGUAUGUUUUUCUCAAAUUGCACGAGAAAGCAUACUCAGAUUAUAUAGAGAAUAAUACAUGCAUGGGUGUGCGGAAAUACCAUCAGAUUUAUUUCGAGUGUUGAACAUGAUAUCUCACGAGUGAGCGCAGCGAACGAGUGAGAUAUCAUGUUCAACACGAGAAAUAAACCUGGUAUUUCCAAGCACGCACUUUUUCCCUGCUUUCUUUCAAAUUCUUGCCUUCUAGUUCACUCCUGGCAAACAUAUUUUGAGAUUAGUGAGAUGACCAUGCACCCAUGAACUGAUGAACCAUAGUCACGCUCCCGCGGUUAUUAAUGAACUUUAUAGUUGCAAAUAGCCGCAGGCGGAAUUAUAGUAACCUCGUCCCGGGUUUUAUACGCCCGGAGCUCAGCUUUAAAUAUGUAUUUUCUGCUUUGUAGGUGACUCCUUGUAUAGUGUGAAGCUAUCGAUAAAACGCAAACCCAUACAGUAUUCAUAUAUUAAGAAGAAAUCUGCAGUGCAACAAAUGUGA